UGUAGGACGUUAAGUAAAGUGCAGCCAACAAGGCUAACAACCAAAAUUAACCUAUAGAUACUAGCCUAUAAGUAUAAGUAGUUAAUAUUUAAUGGCAGAAGAUAAUCCUAAAAAGAAGAAAAUCAAACUAAGUUUAAGUCCUGAAGAUAUUAAAGACCUUAUAUCAAAUACAAAGGAGCCCCUUUUAUUAAAUAGAAUUUUAUCAUGGGAUGUUUUAAAAUGGUCUCUAGAUGACUGGAUAAAAGGUCUUGGCGAUACAAAGUUGGACUUUCGAUUAGGAACAAAACAGUGUACAAAGGUGCCUCAAUGGGAGGGCUACUGUGGAACUGUGUCUGCCUCACUCAGUGAUGUGGUGAGAAGCAGGGAAGAUGAUAGUGGCAUAUGGAUGUAUUGUGAUUAUAAACAUAUGAAUCAAUACUUCAAAAGCAGAUCUGAAUUAUUGGAGUCAUUGUCAUGGGCUGAUGUUGGACUACCAGAUAAAAGUGGGAAGGAUUCGACAAUUUGGAUUGGAACUGAAGGUGCCUAUACCCCUUGUCAUAUGGACUCAUAUGGUUGCAAUAUUGUUGCCCAAGUUCAUGGAAGAAAACUUUGGAUUCUAUUUCCUCCAAGCAGUACAUCAACAUUAAGUCCUACGCGAGUCCCCUAUGAGGAGUCUAGUAUUUACAGCAACAUCCACUUCUCUUGUGGACAGAACAUUACUGAAGAUAUUGGAGAAGCCAGAGUUGUAGAGCUAUCUCCAGGUGAUGUACUUGUAGUUCCAAAACAUUGGUGGCAUUAUGUAGAGAACUUAUCUACUGCUAUCAGCAUCAAUAUGUGGAUACCAAGGGAAUCUGAUGAUGUAAGUCGUUUGGAAGAAGCCCUUGUAAGAUUUUCAAUAGCAACAAUCAUCAAAGGUCUUGAUGUUGAUACACCAUCUGGCGUAACAUCACUACUUAAUCCAAAUGAGAUGGACUUACCGGAUGAAACGAUAGAUCUUCGGCAGAUAUCGUGGUGUACAGAUCAGCUGAUGGCCAAGGGAAAGGGUGAGGAGGAGGAGGCAGUCAAUAACAGCUGUUCUCCAGCUGAUAUGGACCCCUCUUGUGUGGCCCCUGUGACCAAGGUAUCUGCUGCACAGCUGAGGAGGAUACUGUUGGACAAGUGUGGCUGUGCUGACUCAAUAAGCAACCAUGAAGAUCACAUCAAGCCUAAUAAAUCAUUGACUACCGAAGAUGUCAUAAAUGCUUUUUGUCAUCCAAGUGUUAUUUCUCAAGUUGCAAAAUUGUUGAUUAACUCAAGGAAAUAAUUACUAGGUUAGUAAUUAAAGUUAAUUUUGUACUAAACUGAAUCUUUUAAAUUCUUUUAUUUGAUCUAUUAUAAAUAAAUUGUUGAGCAGAUUUUAGGCUUUUUUUUAGCUAUGACUUUUCAUUAUGAGUAGAGCCCUGGUAUUUAAUUGUUUCCAACAAAAUCAAAGAAAAGUGCACUAUCUGUUAUAAACUCUUGUUUUAGAAACAAAGUGUUACCGGCAAAAGUUUCCAGUCUAAACACAGCUUUAAAAACUAGUGAUUCUACUAAAAAAAUUGAGAUUAUACAUUUUUAGGAAACUUUAUGACUAAGUCAAUAAGUACAAAUCAGUUAAUGAACAACUAAGUUAAUACAGUUUUUGUAGACCGUGCAUGGCCCAGACCAACGAACAAGCAGUGUAACAAUGAGAAAAAAAUUAAAACAUCAUAAAAUUCAUACACACUUCUUAAGUUUGAAACAUAAUGGAGAAGGUACAAAUAUAUUAAACUUCUUUAAUAAAACAUUAUUUUUAUUUUUAGAUAACAAUUAUUUUGGUACAAAAUGGAAGUGCACAUUGUUUAUUAAAAAUGUAUUAGAUCAGUCUUAUUACCAACUAUAAAUAUUAGCACUAUUAUAUAUGAAGAAAACACAGUUUCUUGGAUGUUUAAUAUGUACAUGCAACAUAUCAUAAAUAUUUUGCUUAUGCUAUAACAAUACAACCUCAAAAGAAUUGAUUCAAAGAAAAAUGUAAUACAAACAUUCUGUUAAAUAUUGACAAAGCUUAUUAUGAUUACAGGGUAUCCGAAAAAGUAUGUCAGAAUUUUAAAUGGUCAUUGCUUGUGGACUAUUCAAGAUAACUAAACAAUUUUAAACGUCAAUUUGGAGUUACAAUAACUAAGUUUUGUUUCCCAUGUAGCAAGGGAAGAAACUUUUAACUUGGCAAGUGCAAAACAGGUGCCCAGAGGUAGGCAGCUGUUGUGACUGACAGGCCUGACGCCAGUUGCCAGUAGUACAAUGUUUACUGUAUGACAGAAGGCACAGUCUGAUCUGUGGUUCGGAGGGUGUAAAUAGAUUGCCUGACAAAGUCUUCAGCUAACCAUAUGUAAUUAGACACUCAAUGAUGUUUUUCGUAAAAGAUUGAGACUUAGUACCUACAUAAUUCAGUUAAGACAUCAGAUUAAACCCGCUGAUCGCUAUAUGCGUACAGACAUAGCCAGUUUUAUGGUAAUAUGAGAUAGAUGGCAAAUUAGCCAAAUUUCAUUAAAUUUUUCCAAAUUUGAUCAAAGUAUGAAAAAAACUUUGUUUUUCCCUUCAACGUCUUAAUUGUUAAAUUAAAUUAUCCUUAAUAGAACCCAAGCAAUAACCGUUUGCAUCCCAACAUUUUUUCACGGAUACCCUGUAUUUAUCCCUGAUUAUGAUUUACGCAUUGUGAUUCCUGUUAAUUUUACUUGUUUAGGUUAUAAUUUGUACAAAUACUUUACAUAGAUUUAAUCACAAAUUGAAAUAAAAGGAACACAAAUAUUUUGUAUCACAAAAUAGCAGAAAAUUCUGUAUUAAGAAAAGAUUUUAUGUUAUA